AUGAAAUCAAAUAUCUGUCAAGAAAAUUUGAUUGAUUUUUAUCAUGAUAUUAUCAAAUUAUUGAACAUUUCAAUUUAUAAUUUACAAUAUGAUUUUUGGAUUUUCAUAACAAUUUGGAGUAUCAUAAAAUCAAAUGUCAUUCAAUUGAAUUCUACAUUUCAAAAAGAAGUUGUUGGAUUAUUUCCAAUAGCUGGAUUUAUCAACCAUACUUGUUCAAAUCCAAACAUAAGAGUUAGAAAUUUUCCUUUGAGUUUAGCUAGUGACAAUAAUACUAGUAAACUGGGAUAUGGUAUAAUAAUAGAAGCAUGUAAAGAUAUUAUGAAAGGUCAAGAAAUUUUGAUGAGUUAUUGUGAUUUGAGCAAAAUUGAGAAAUUACAAAAACAAUCAUUUUUAUCAAA